UGCAGUGUGGAGAGAUCAUACGGAGGUACUGCUGGCGGAGCGAGGGACCAUUUGAAGAAGGGAAGAUACACGACCUGGGUGACCGCUCUGACCAAACACGGUUCCCGAUUCCCCAAAAGAGCCACUGUGUAGCAUCACUAUAACCAGCUUCAGUUCGAGAAAAGGACCACACAGCAGAUUGCUCUGGGCUGGAGCCAGGCUGGCAGCAGUCAGCAGCCCCGGCCUGGUCACGACUGAUGGAAAAACGAGGAUGUCCAACAGCUGCUGACUGUAACAGGCGUGCUAACAGCAUUCGAGCCGAGCUAAGGUGACCCUCAGUGAGUGACAGAUGUGUGACACUGUGGAGAACCAUUUGCAUCUCCCAGCGGAGAUUUGAGUUCUGGGACACUGAGGCAGCCAAAGGGGGGGGUGUCUCUGAGGAAGAUGCUGGGCUCAGAACGCAGUGUUGUCGAAGAAUGGCUCUCAGAAUUCAAGUCCUUACCAGAAACCCACAUCCCCAGCUACGCCGGCAGCCUUCAUCUAAAGAAGUCCUUGGUCCCAGCUCUCUACAGAGUCAUCCAGGACCCCAACAACGAGCUCUUGGAGCCUGUGUGCCACCAGCUGUUCGAGCUGUACCGGAGCGCCGAAGACCGCUUGCGACGCUUCACCCUGCAGUUCCUGCCCGAGCUGGUGUGGGUUUAUCUGCGCAUCACUGCCAGCAGGGAUCGUCAGAGCAAUGGCUGCAUCGAGGCCCUGCUUCUGGGCAUUUAUAACUUGGAAAUCGUGGACAAAGAUGGCAACAGCAAGCUCCUUUCCUUCACUAUUCCAUCUCUCUCCAAACCAUCGAUAUAUCAUGAGCCUUCUAGCCUGGGGUCAAUGGCACUGACAGAGGGAGCGCUCUGUCAACAUGACCUGAUCAGAGUGGUGUACAGCGGCCUCCAUCCUCAGAGAGAGACCUUCACUGCGCAGAACAGGUUUGAGGUGCUGUGUUUCCUCAUGCUCUGCUACAACUCUGCUGUGGUCUACAUGCCCCUUUCUUCCUAUCAGUCAGUUUGUAGGAUGAGCUCACGGUUGUGUGUAUGCGGCUUCCCGCGGCAACAGCAGAAGCUUUGGAGGGAACCUUGCAACCGAGUGCUGUUGGACCCUGAGUUCAUGGUGCAGAUGCUGACUGCAGUGUAUCAUGCCAUAUACAAUGGAGAGUGGGAGAUGGGGCGAGAAGCUCUGGAGGACAUUCUGUACCGAGCCCAGCUGGAGCUUUACUCCCAGCCUCUCCUGCUGGGGAACGCCAUGAAAAACUCGCUGCCGGAAAGCGCUCCCGACGCACCGCGGGGCCGCAAGGUGCUGCAGGUGGAGGUGACGCCCACCAUCAGCCGUAUAUCAAUCUCGGCCAUCACCACCGCCUCGAUACGACGCCACCGCUGGAAGAGAGAGGAUUGUUUUGACUACUCAACCGAUGCAGAGUUGAGCCUCAUCGUCAAUCCUAGCCUCGCCCAGCACCAACACCGCCACCGCACCCACUGGGAUCCCACGGCUAAAGAGGAAAGAGGAGGGCGGCAACACAGCCACCACAGCAGCAGCAGCAGCAGCAUCAUUCCCCCCAUCACUCUCGAGGACGCUGAUGGCAUGAGCGGCGGGGAGGACUCCUUCAAUAUCAACGACCCAGACGAGGGUUUCUCCUCUGGGGCGUCGAACAGCAGCCAGCCCAGCGGCACCAAGCUUGGCGGCAGCGUGGGGCCCAGGGGUGGCAGCCUGAACAGCAGCACGAGCAGCAUCAAGAAAGCCAUUACUGCGCGACUGUCUCGGGACAAGGAGCGAGAGCGGGAGAAGGAGCGGGAGAAAGAGCGGGAGACAGACAAACAGGCGGAGUUGUCUGCGGAUCUUCAGGCCGCCACGAGGAGGCAUCAACAGAGGCAGCAGUCGCCUCCAGCGAGCAUCAACUUGGACGCCAUCCAGCUGAGCCCCAUAAAGAAGCACCUGAGCUUCCCCGCGGGCCCCAUGCUAGUGAGGACUGGCAGCACCUCCUCCAGCAAGUCCUUUGACUGCACGAAUUUCAACCUGAACGGAGGCGAUGGCGAGGAACACGAGGAGGCAGGAGGCUCUGAGAGGGAAGGGCUUCUAGCUGGGGGUUCUCACCGGCACUCCACCAUCAGUUUGCAGGAGGAACACCUGCUCAGGCCGGAGGAGGCUCAGGCCCUGCUGUCUCCUGGAGCACCUCUUACCAAGCAGUCACGCUCCCCCAGCUUCAACAUGCAGAUCAUAUCACAGGUCUAACGUCCAGUGCAGGGAAUGGCGCGCACACUCACACGCACGAAUACCUACAUAACACACACAGAUUCAUGCAGUUUCUCUCCGCGACUCUCUACAGCUCGACUAUGACGUCUUUCUACCUGUGCGUCUGUCUGUGUAUGUGUGUGUGUGUCUAAGAAAUUGAAACACAUUUGAGAUCUCCAGAGCUGUGUUUCCACCCCGUUAAACAUCCAUUAAAAUUUGUAAUUGAGA